AUGGCGCCCUCACGCACUCGCCUGCCAUGGCUUGCCGUCCUCCUCUCACUGCUUGUCUUUUCCGCGCUUGCUGUUGACGGCAGCGACGCCAAACAAGUCGCAGAGGAAAACCUUGCUCCACGUGGGCCCUUUCAGGACGACCCUCGCGAUGACACGGCUGCGUCUAUCCACUCUGCCGUCAACAAACACGCAAGCAUCAGCCAAGAGCGCGUCUCCGGUGCCAGAGCGAUCGUUGCUGAAGCCAUCAGAAAGGUGGCUGCGUCAAACAAGGAGCGCCGCGACAAUCCGCAAAGGAACGUGCGGUCUGCCGACGCGGCAAGUACCUCGCACGCUCGCCGAGCUGCCAGGCAACAUUCUUACCAUGUCACGUCGGACGUUGCCGCUGCUGCGGCGCUUGUCGCCGAGUUAGACGCUGCUGAUGAGUACGCCAAGGGCACUUUGCACAAGGACUACUCCCGAUUUGGCGCGUUCAGCAAGCGGCAGCCGCUGGAAGAGCGAGCGGGAGGCUACUGGAUGGCGAGUCUCGAGAACCUCGGGACGCAGCCGUUUGGCCGUGAUUCUACGUACAAGGUUUUCCGCAAUGUCAAGGACUAUGGUGCCAAGGGGGACGGAGUUACGGAUGAUACCGCUGCCAUUAACAAAGCCAUUACUGACGGCAAGCGCUGUGGUGAAAACUGCUACGGCUCGAGUGUGACGGGCGCUGUAGUCUAUUUCCCCCCAGGAACGUACCUCGUCAGUGGCUCGAUUAUAUCGUACUUUCAUACGCAGCUCGUCGGGGACCCGACCAAUCUCCCCGUCAUUAAAGCCGCUGCCUCCUUUGUCGGGCUCGGUGUCAUUAGCACCGACGUCUAUGUUCCCAAUGGCGGCACGGGUAUCGAUGGCAACUCCAAGGAAUGGUACAUCAACACGGCCAAUUUCUACCGUCAGAUUCGCAACUUCGUCAUCGAUAUUACUGCAACAGACCAGGGUGCAUACGUCGCAGCUCUGCACUACCAGGUCGCGCAGGCGACGAGCCUGACCAACAUCAAGUUCAUCGCUUCGCAGAAUGCCGGCACGACCCAGCAGGCUAUUUACGCCGAAAACGGUAGCGGCGGCUUCAUAAGUGAUUUGACCUUUGAAGGUGGUGCAUUCGGUAUCUAUGGUGGAAAUCAGCAGUUCACUGCUGCGCGGCUGCAAUUCGUCAACUGCGUUACCGCUAUCAAACUCAUUUGGGAUUGGGGCUGGGUCUGGAGAGAGAUUAGCAUCUCCGGCUCACAAACUGGCAUCAGCCUUCUUUCGGAAGACGGCGUACACCACACCGGCUCUGUCUUGGUGCAAGACUCGACCUUCACGAACACCAAAACCGCCAUCCUUACAUUUACGCCCGUUGCAACGAAGAAGGCGGGCACAGCUGGCAUCACACUGGACAACGUCGCCUUUUCCGGCGUCACCGCGGCCAUUGCCGACAACGCCGGUAAGACCUGGCUCGCUGGCAGCGUGGGCAAGGUCGAUACGUACACCAUUGGGCCGGCCUUCUUCAGCGGCGCCGGCAGCGGUAACUUCACGCUUGGCACUACGUCAAGCACACCUCGUCUCCAAACCCUCACGGGGGCGAGCAACGGGCUCCCUAAGACGCCGUACUUCUCGAGGCAGAAGCCGCUUUACGUGGGAGCUACUAUUGUGCAGAUGAAGAAGUAUGCGAAGGGGGACGGCGUCACGGACGAUACAGCCGCCUUCCAAAGCGUCAUCAACCAGUACGCCGGGACCGGGACCGUGAUCUUUGUGGAUGCCGGUUCGUACAUCCUCACUGACACCAUCAACGUCCCCUCCGGAACCAAGAUUGUUGGUCAAUGCUGGUCUCAGCUCGUCGCCUCUGGCGCCAAGUUCCAAGACGCCUCCAACCCCCGCGUUCUUUUCCGCGUCGGCGCGGAGGGCGGCGAGACCGGAACCGUCGAGAUCCAAGACCUGCUCUUCACCACGAAGGGGACCACCGCCGGACUCGUGGCCGUGGAGUGGAACAUGGAGGCCAGUGCCCAGGGUACCGCGGCCAUGUGGGACUGUCACGUCCGCAUUGGCGGAGCGGCCGGCACUGAUCUCUCCGUUGCCGACUGUCCGGCCGUGACGUCCGGCACGGACCAGAAGUGCAUCGCGGGCUCCAUGAUGUUCCACAUGACAAGCUCUGCCAGCGCUUAUAUCGAGAACAUGUGGCUUUGGACGGCAGAUCACGAUCUCGACGAUGCCAACAUGACCCAGACAUCUGUGUAUGUUGCCCGCGGCAUGCUGGUCGAAAGCGUCAAGCCCGUUUGGCUGUAUGGCACCGCUUCGGAGCACGCCGUAUUCUACCAGUACGAGUUCUACCGGGCCCAGCAAGUCCUCGCCGCCAUGAUCCAGACCGAAAGCCCGUACUACCAGCCAAACCCGCUCCCUCCGGCGCCUUUCCAAAACGCCGUUGGCGCAUUCCACGGAGACCCCGACUUGGACUGCCCGGACGGCCAACACGAAGGCUGCGAUGCGUCCUGGGCACUCCGCAUGGUCUCCUCUUCCAACAUCACAAUCGCCGGCGCCGGGCUGUACUCGUGGUUCCAGACAUAUUCCCAAACCUGCGUCGAUACGCAAAAUUGCCAGCUGUCCCUGGUGCAGCUGAAAGACAACUCGGGUGGCAUCCACCUCUGGAACCUCAUCACCAUCGGCGCCUUGAAAAUGAUCAGCUCCGAUGCCGGAGAUGCCCAUACCGACAUCAGCGCUCUGGACUAUACCAACGUGGACUACCACCCUUACUGGAGCCAGGUAUCUCUUUUCGAGCCGCCCAGCGUCCCUGAUGAUGGCGGGGAAGGCGGCAAUGUCAUCUACGUUCCUACGACGAUCUGGGCCCCCGGCGGCGCUGCCACGGCCUCGUGCAUCCCGCCUUGCACGCUGGUGCUUCCUCCUUCGUUGCUUGGGUCUACGACAACCAUAUCGUGGCCGCCUCUCGUCACGACGUUGUUGUCCUCAGCAGCUGGUGGCACCAUCCGGACCAUCACCACGACCAUCUCCAUCCCAGCCAUCACCACGACCGCCAUCGACUGGUGGCCCGUGACGGUCAAAUCCGGAGAUCCCACUACCGCUGUGAUUACGCCCGUGCAGAGCGUAAAGCCUCCUCCGACCCACAUCACCCUACCGCCCAACGUAGCAACCGCACCUCCGACCCCGAUCCCUGAGUACUCCAACGGGAGCCCGGUCUCUUCCUCCAGUUCCACCACGACGACGAUCUUGCCCAUCUUCUUCCCCACGUCGCACCCCGUCACAAUCCAGCCCCAGCCGACUGUUUCCGUUUCCCUACCAACCAAGGAGCCCGUGACAACCACUUUGCCUCCAUCGACGACGACGUUCGGCUCCUCGACAAUCACCUACCCUCCCGUCACCACAACAAAGAGCGACACUGGGCCGGUAGUCACCUAUACCAGCGCCAAGCCUGCCUCCACCUCGGAGGCGGAGGCGGAGGCGGCGGGGGAGGUUGUGGACUUUUCGGAUGCGGCGGCGGCUGCUCGAUCUUUGGCUGUGGCGGAGGCUGCGGCUUGUUUGGAUGCGGCAGCGGCUGUGCGCCCAUUAUUGGGUGCCCUCCCGGAAAUCAAUGCCCCCUUAACAAAUGCGGCGGUCCCGGGUGCAAGAACGGAGGUUGCGGAACUCAGCCUGAGGGGGACUACGAACUGCCAUCCGUACGCGCAGUGCGAUGCCACCGACAAGACGACCACCAGCACCAUAACCGAGCCGGAACCCUCGUUCGGAACCGUCUCCGUGACCGUCUCCAACCGCGGCAUGGGCCGGCAGCCGGCAAGCCUCGUCAACUCGCUCGCGUCGCAGGUCAUCAGCGAUCAGUACAGCUGGGACCUAACGCGCUUCGGCGCGAUGCCGACGGGCGGCGACGGCGGCGACGGCGGCAAGACGGUGCCCACGGGACCAAACGGAGUACAGGGCGUGUACUGGACCUGGUUCAUCUCCCGCAGCCUGAGCACCGGGGCGUACGGCCUGGGCACGUACAGCGACCGGCCGAACGACCAGUGCACCAACACGGGGGAGUGGACCGAUCCCCACUACCAGGUGUCCGAGUGGAUCUACGACGUCCAGGUUCUCACCGUCUUUGGAGACUCGUCGUGUUCCUACAAGUCCAACGAUCAGAGUCUGAACCACAAGGCAGGCGAUCUUUUGGGCACGAUCACCUGCACCAAGUGGAAGGACGCCAAGUGCUACAAGGAUACGCCCGGCUCUGGUCAGAAGUGUCCUAACGUUAAUGACUAUGAUUUCCCGAUGGCGUACUGCAACUGGGACUGA